AUGGCGGAGGAACCGUCCGCCAAGUGUCAUCAUGCCGAGACGUCGGACAAGAGGAGCAACCUCGUCAACAUUAACGUCCCCGUCAAGAAGCGUGAGUACACCAGAACGCUCAAAGGGGUUGAGCUCCACGGCAAGGAGACGCUGGAGAUCGUCUGCACCAGCGAACCAGACAAGGCCAACGAGAUGAUGAGCGGGCUCAGGAUGAAGGGCGGAGGCUUGUAUCCGAGCUUCAUCGGAGUUGAUGUGGAGCGCAAGCGCCUCAAAGACUUCCUGCGGGAGGAGAAAUUGUACACAUUUGUUGGUUUCAGCAUUGGAGGUGACAAGCGGAUGCUGCAGGAGUCUGGUUUGGAAAUCAACCCCAACAACUUCAUCGACAUGCAGCGCAAGUGGAAAGAUCCAAAGACCAGAAAAUACUACGACUCCUUGGCCGAUGUUGCAGGCGGCGUCAUCCACCCAUUCUACGAAGGCAUGAAGAAGAAGAUGAACAGGGCAGACCACAAACUAUGGGAGAACAGCCUGCUGCCAGACAACCUCAUCACGUACGCAGGAAUAGAUGCGUACGCAACGUACAAGUCAUGGAAGACAAUUGACAACAUCGUGACAGGUUGGGAUAUUUCAAAAGAGCAGGAGGCUGACCCCUACUACCACUGCAACUUCGCGGAUGAAGAUGCAUGA